UUUCCCGUUGUAUAUAUUUCGACCCCUGUGAUGUUUGUGGGAACCGCUAGAAAGUUCCUUACAAUCGAGACAUCCCUUCCUUCCUUCCUUCGUCCAUUUCAAAAUCCAACUUCUUUGAAAUUAAUUUGUUCAAAACCGGUGGAGUGUUACCCAAGAAUAUUCCGCGUCCAAAAUUGCAACUUUCGAACAAUCCAGGAAAAAAUCAUCUUCUCUCUCUUAGCUCUCAAUCGCAAGUAUGGCUACACCGUUGAUAGCAGGAAUUGCCGUUGCAGCUGCUGCUUAUGCUGGUAGAUAUAGCAUCCAAGCUUGGCAAGCAUUUAAAGCAAGACCACCAAGAUUACGCAAAUUUUACGAAGGGGGAUUCCAGCCUACAAUGACAAAAAGAGAAGCCGCUCUUAUUCUUGGAGUGAGGGAAAGUACUCCGGCCGAUAAGAUUAAGGAAGCGCACAGAAGGGUGAUGGUGGCAAACCAUCCGGACGCAGGUGGUAGCCAUUACCUUGCUUCUAAAAUCAAUGAAGCUAAAGAUAUGAUACUCGGAAAGACAAAGGGGAGUGGCUCUGCUUUCUAAGACAAAGCUGCUUCGGUCAAGGUUUUGGGAGAUGGCCGCUCCCAAAUGGUGUUAUCUGCAUCAAUGAAGUUUUGAAAAUUAGAGGGUCUGUUGUUCCAUUAAUCUUUUCAAGCCAGCAGUUGUAAACUACUUGGAAGUUGGAAUUUUUGAAUCCAUUUGAGCUUAUUGAAUGCGGGAGAAACUGCUUGAUUUGUGACUUGUAGCACCGGUUAGCUGUCGAAAUAAGUUGCUCUCGAGACAAUGAUAGUUUAUUGAAACUUGAACUUGACUUCUGUGGAAUUCUUCAAGGCAACAGCCAUUUGCAUGAUAUUGGAGUAUGGUUUGGUAAUGAA